AUCUCCACCCGGCACAGCCAGAAGAGGACUGGCCAUCCCUCAUAGCCUGGUUCCUCUCUAGGCUUCUUCCUAGGUUUUGGCCUUUCUAGGGAGUUUUUCCUAGCCACCGUGCUUCUACACCUGCAUUGCUUGCUGUUUGGGGUUUUAGGCUGGGUUUCUGUACAGCACUUCGAGAUAUUAGCUGAUGUACGAAGGGCUAUAUAAAAUACACUUGAUUUGAUUCACAAACAAGAUGUGCGAACGCCAUGAUAGCGAAGAAGAAGAACCCGGAAGUUCGUUGUGUUUGUAAAUCCAACAGCCAGCUUGCAACCCUGAGGUAUAUCAGCAUACGGAAACCUCCUUCGACAGGAGUGGAAACUAAAAAGGAAAGGAGGGAAUUCUCUGUCAGCUGCAGUCGUUUUUAGCGUGUGCUGUUGACAAACAUGUUGUCGGAAGGCAGCUCCUUUAUGAAGGGGAUAGCCCUGGGAGGCACAUUCUGCCUGUUGUUGUCCCUGUUGGGGAGCUUUACACCAGGCAUGCAGUCCAGCCCAGAGGACCACCACCACCACCACAUCAAGGCUCCCACCAAGGACGAGCUACAGAGCCUGUCUGAUUCCCAGAUGGUGGAACUGAGCCAGAGAGUGCGAGUCUAUUGCGUCAUCAUGGUUCAGCCUUCUGUCCUGGUGUAUUGGUCCACAGCCAAGGACACCUGGGGUAAACACUGCGACAACGCUGUAUUCUACAGCUCUGAGUCGGCCAAAGCUCUGGAAGCGGUGGACCUUAACGAACAGGACGAGUGGGCCAAGCUGCGCAAGGCCCUGAAGCACGCAUAUGACAAUGCCGGCGACCUGCGCUGGUUCUUCGUUGCGCGGUCCACCACCUUCGCCAUCAUCGAGAACCUCAAGUACCUCGUUCUGGCAAAGGACCCCAACGAGCCCUUCUACAUUGGCCAUGCCAUGAAAUCGGGUGAACUGGAGUACGUGGAGUACCAGAGCGGCAUCGUGCUGAGCUAUGAGGCACUCAAGAGGCUGGUGAAUGUGUUCAAGGACGAGGACAAGUGUCCGGAGCGAGGCAGAGCCCUGUGGAAGCUGAGCGAGGAGAAACAAUUAGCUAUAUGUCUGAAGUACACCGGGGUCUUUGCAGAGAAUGGCGAGGACAUCCAGGGCAAGAGGCUGUUCAACAGUAAGAGUGUGGGUUCACUCAUCCAAGACAGCAUGGACAAAAAAAACUUGGACGUGGUGGAGGGCUGCUGCUCUGACUUAGCCAUCACCUUCAGCGGAAUGUCACCAAACCAGAUGCAGGUCAUGAUGUUUGGAGUUUACAGACUACGCCCGUAUGGGCACAACUUUCAUGAUUCCUUGAUAUUCCUGCCCCCUGAGGGCUCCGACAAUGACUAAAGUGCAAGGCGUCCCACUUUGGGGCAGACAUGGCAUUAACCAGACUGCUGCUGUCAAGUCCUGCCUGGUGAAUAAAGACAGUUUUCUUAUUCAGUUUGUGAGCAUGAGGGAGGGUGGCAAGUACUUGAAGGAGGCAAAUCAUUCUUCUUAGUCUUUUAUACGUUUUUUGAAUUUGCACUCUGCACAUAAUACCAUUGUGGAAAAGGAAUGAACAGAUGAAGAAAUCACAAAUUUGUAGAGCAAAUGUGUCACACAUUCCACAGGGGGCCAAGUGUCUGUGGGUUUUUGCUGCAACCUUGUACUUGAUUGAUGAAUCAAGGUCACUAAUUAGUAAGGAACUCCCCUUGCAUGGUUUAACACUAGGCCCUCCAUGGAAUGAGUUUGACAUUCCUGUAAUCUAUAGUAUAGAUAAUUUUUGUUAAGACAAUUGACAUUUUUAUUGGUAUUUGUGGCUGAUUUUAUUUUAGGCUAAUAAACUCAGCAAAAAAAUAAACGUCCUCACUGCCAACUACGUUUAUUUUCAGCAAACUUAACAUGUGUAAAUAUUUGUAUGAACAUAAGAUUCAACAACUGAGACAUAAACUGAACAAGUUCCACAGACAUGUGACUAACAGAAAUGGAAUAAUGUGUCCCUGAACAAAGGGGGGGUCAAAAGUAACAGUCAGUAUCUGGUGUGGCCACCAGCUGCAUUAAGUACUGCAGUGUAUCUCCUCGUCGUGGACUGUACCAGAUUUGCCAGUUCUUGCUGUGAGAUGUUACCCCACUCUUCCACCAAGGCACCUGCAAGUUCCCGGACAUUUCUGAGGGGAAUGGCCCUAGCCCUCGCCCUCCGAUCCAGCAGGUCCCAGGUGUGCUCAAUGGGAUUGAGUUCCGGGCUCUUCGCUGGCCAUGGCAGAACACUGACAUUCCUGUCUUGCAGGAAAUCAUGCACAGAACGAGCAGUAUGGCUGGUGGCAUUGCCAUUCUGGGGGGUCAUGCAGGAUGAGCCUGCAGGAAGGGUACCACAUGAGGGAGGAGGAUGUCUUCCCUGUAAAGCACAGCGUUGAGAUUGCCUGCAAUGAUAACAAGCUCAGUCCGAUGAUGCUGUGCCACACCGCCCCAGACCACGACGGACCCUCCACCUCCAAAUCGAUCCCGUUCCAGAGUACAGGCCUCGGUGUAACGCUCAUUCUUUCGACGAUAAACGCGAAUCCGACCAUCGCCCCUGGUGAGACAAAACCGCGACUCGUCAGUGAAGAGCACUUUUUGCCAGUUCUGUCUGGUCCAGCGAUGGUGGGUUUGGGCACAUAGGCGAUGUUGUUGCCGGUGAUGUCUGGUAAGGACCUGCCUUACAACAGGCCUACAAGCCCUCAGUCCAGCCUCUCUCAGCAUAUUGCAGACAGUCUGAGCACUGAUCGAGGGAUUGUGCGUUCCUGGUGUAACUCGGGCAGUUGUUGUUGCCAUCCUAUACCUGUCCCGCAGGUGUGAUGUUUGGAUCUACCGAUCCUGUGCAGGUGUUACACGUGGUCUGCCACUGCGAGGACCAUCAGCUGUCCGUCCUGUCUCCCUGUAGCGCUGUCUUAGGCAUCUCACAUUGCAAUUUAUUGCCCUGGCCACAUCUGCAGUCCUCAUGCCUCCUUGCAGCAUGCCUAAGGCACAUUCACACGGAUGAGCAGGGACCCUGGGCAUCUUUCUUUUGGUGUUUUUCAGAGUCAGUAGAAAGGCAUCUUUAGUGUCCUAAGUUUUCAUAACUGUGACCUUAUUUGCCUACCGUCUGUAAGCUGUUAGUGUCUUAACGACCGUUCCACAGGUGCAUGUUCAUUAAUUGUAGAAAAAAAAGCAUGAGAAAGUGUUUAAGCCCUUUACAAUGAAGAUCUGAAGUUAUUUGAAAUUUUAUGAAUUAUCUUUGAAAGACAGCGUCUUGAAAAAGGGACAUUUCUUUUUUUGAAGGGUUUAUAAGGCCCCAUGGAGUGAACAUUUUGAAAUAAUCUUGAAGUAUUGAGAUGUCUCUAAACAGUUUGCUACACAUGAUUGGUUGCCACCAAUGUAAUAGAAAUUGUUGGUGGAUUUGUUAGUUUUAUUUUGAGGUAACUAUUUUACCCACUUGAAACACCCGAUGAAAUAAAACAUUGGCAGCCAUGUUUAUCCUCCUAAUACCAAAAAUGAAAUGAAAUAAAUUUUUCUGCUGAGA